AUGCACGCCCAGAAGAAGGCGGUUCCCCAGGAGACCGACGACUUCGACGCCUGCUUCAAGAGGGCCUUCCCUAAGGAGGAGCAGACCGCCCAGGCGCCCGAGGCCGAGAGCAACACGGCUCUGCAGAAGGAGCCUUUCCUUCCGAACGACUCCCUUAAGGAGGAGCAGACCGCCCAGGCGCCCGAGGCCGAGAGCAACACGGCUCCGCAGAAGGAGUCUUCCCUCCCGAAGGCCUCCCCUAAGGAGGAGCAGACCGCCCAGGCGCUGCCCGCCAAGCGCCCCGCCCAAGACGAGGGCGAGACGAGCCCCAAGAAGGCGAGGACGACUUCGGCCGAGGAGCAGGGCGCUCCUCGUGAGGACCAAGCCGCCCAACCGCCCGCAGGCAAGCACGCCCGCGAGACCGAGAGACAGGAAGAGCGGCCCCGCGUCGCCGUUUCUCAGAGGUCGCUCGCCUUCGACGACUGCUUCAAGAGGGUGCACGCCUUGAGGUUCCGGGACUCGACCGCGUCGAGAAAGCCGAUCCCGUAG